UCCAAAUUACAUGCACGGUUACGGACCAGGGCCUGCAUGGUCACCGGCUUUUAUCACAUAUCCAAAUGCAUACCAAUGUCCAAGCAACAUUGUUAUGAAUACUGGUUAUCCAUUUCAAUAUGGGAUGAGACCUCUGACUCCUCCCAUGGCUACAAGCUCCGGAACAACCGAAAGAAUCGAAGAGGAUACACCCGGGUGUAGGGAAACUGAAGCGCCAUGUUCCUCCUCUAUGGUUUAUGAACAAGGUGAAGAUGAUAGGCCAGAGUCAGGGGAAAGUGGUUAUGGCACUGCUGAGACACCUUCGUUAGACCGAAUGGAUGAGCCUGAUAUAAUUGAGGAGCCAAAAGCGGGGAUGGAGUUUGAUUCUGUUGAGGAAUUAAUGAGUUAUUAUAAACUAUAUGCGAAGAAAUGCGGGUUUGGAUCUAUGACUCAAAGGAGUGAAAGGGAUGACGAAGGGAGUGUCAGAUAUGUGACUAUUGGUUGUGCCCGUGGGGGGAAAGCGAGGAAUAGGACAAUGAAUGUCGCCAAACCACGACCGACAGGAAAGACUGACUGUAAGGCAAGGAUUAAUGCCUUAAAAGUUAGGGGAAAGAUGCAGUUGACCACAGUUAAUAAUACCCACAAUCACGGGCUGAGUCCACAGAAAUCUCGUUUCUUCCGGAGUAACCGCGAAGUUAGUGAGACUGUAAAAAGGGUAUUAGAUACGAACGACCUAGCUGGCAUUCGAAUGAACAAGAGUUUUGGAUCUCUUGUUGUGGGUGCGGGAGGAUUUGAGAACCUGCCAUUUUUGAAAAAAGAUUGUCGCAAUUACAUCGAUAAGGCAAGACAUCUACGACUUGGAGCAGGUGGUGCUGGAGCGCUUCGAGACUAUUUUUGUAGGAUGUAGUACAAGAACCCCGGAUUCUUUGCCUUGAUGGAUUUAGAUGAUGAUGGUAGGUUAAAGAAUGUCUUUUGGGCAGAUCCACGCAGUAGAGCAGCUUAUCAAGAUUUUGGUGACGUGAUAACAUUUGACACCACGUACUUGACAAACAGAUACGGGAUGCCCUUUGCACCCUUUGUUGGUGUAAACCAUCAUGGCCAGUCGAUUCUUUUGGGAGCAGGGUUAAUUUCUAGUGAGGACACAGAGACUUUUAUAUGGUUAUUUCAGACUUGGCUGCAGUGUAUGGAUGGUAUAGCCCCACCAGCUAUUAUUACUGACCAAGACAGAGCAAUGAAAAAUGCCAUAGCCAUUGUAUUUCCAGAAAGCCGACAUAGAUUUUGCCUCUGGCAUAUACUUAAAAAAGUCUCCGAGAAGCUUGGCUCUCAUCGUGCCUACAAAAGUGGCCUGAAAACUCAACUGAUGAAAUGUGUGUAUGACAGUCAAACUAUUGAAGAGUUUGAGAAAUGGUGGGAAGAGUUAAUUAGCACAUACAGUUUGCAAGAGAAUGUCUGGUUGCAAAGUUUGUACGCCGAGCGCACACAUUGGGUACCAGUAUUUCUGAAUGAGUAUUUUUGGGCUGGCAUGAGUACAACACAACGGAGCGAAAGCAUGAAUGCUUUCUUCGACGGAUAUGUUCAUGCGAAGACAAACUUGAAGGAAUUUGUCGACCAGUUUGACAAUGCAGUGAAAAAGAAAAUCGAGAAUGAAAUCAGUUUGGACUUCCACUCAUUUAGCGUUACAAUUCCAUGCAUAUCUAGAUCACCAAUCGAGAAGAGAUUCCAAGAGUUGUACACAAAUGCAAAAUUCAGGAAAAUUCAGCAGCAAGUUAUGGGUGUGCUCGAUAUGGAUCCAUCUCUACUUAGAAGGGAUGGAUCCAAGAAGACCUACCUGGUAGAAGAUGAAAUUUCUGUUGAGGAGUUCACGAAACAUGUUACAUAUUAUGUGGACUUUAAUGAGGAAGAUUGCGACGUUAAGUGUUCAUGUGGGUUAUUUCAAAUGAAGGGGAUACUAUGUAGGCAUGUCUUGGCCAUAUUGAAAUGUAAUGGGAUAAAGUACUUGCCAGAUAGGUACAUUUUAGAUCGAUGGAGGAAAGAUAUCAAACGGAGAUACACGUUAAUCCAGAGUACCUAUGACACAGGAAAUCAACGGGAAGAUACUAACAGAUAUUCAAGUCUGUUGAAUAUUUGUUAUCGGAUGAUUACUCAUGCAGCGACUUCAAAAGAGUAUACUGAAGACGCAAGUAAGAAGUUAUAUGCAAUGAUUGAUUUAUAUCAUGGCAAGCAAGAACCCCCUUCAAUGACCAAAACGGAUUCCAAUGUUGGUUUAAUGACAAAGGACACAACUACAGUUGGUAGUUCGCAGAAAGUACUCAGUCCACGAGUUGUGCGCGGAAAAGGCAGACCCCCAUCUCUGAGGAGAGCAUCCAGAAUGGAGCAAGAAAUACGAAAGGUUAAAGCGAGGACGAAGAAAGCAAAUGUGAAGGGAUCCAAACGUAAAGAGCGAGAUGGUGAAGAUACGCCAUCUCAUAACACGAGUCGGAAUUUAUUUGGCCCAUCUGAGAUAGUUGAUGCUGAAGGAAACGUGCAGACUAUUCCAGUCAGCUCAGCUUUUGACAUUAGUGGAUUCCAAAAUAUGGUUGGGAGUCAAGAAAGUAUGCAACUUGGAGUGGAUGGAUCACAACCUUUGCCGAAAUGAUUUGAGUGGAGUGAGUUUUAAUUCCUGCUAAAGGUAUCGCAUUUCUUUAUAUUCUCAAUGGAGGCAGAGAGGGAUGUAUGCAGCAGGAUUGUCCAAUUGCUCCUGGUUCUUAGCAAAGGAUUGAGACAUACCAUAUAUAGCCUGUAGUAUUUGAUAUAUAAUCAGCCGUCUAAGUUUUCACUCUGGCGCUGUACUUGUCUAAUGCUGAUGGCAUUUUGUUUCCAUUAACCUUAUUAUUGAUUUCUAUACCAUUUGCUGUCACAGAAAGACUGCUUUCAUGUGUUGCGUAGGAGUGAUCCUCCAUUCGUUCCACCUGCGGUCUUUGUCAUGCAGGGACUUGCUUCAUUUGUAUAAGCCAUCUGUUAAUCUUCUUCUAUUUCCUUUCAUUUUAUCACAAUAGUAGUAUAUACUGAAUA